AUGUUGCGCAAAAGUGAAUUACUGUAUGUGAUCGGUGUGCUAUUGUUACCUCUCACAUUGGCGAUCGACCCCCGCGAUCUGUACAGCUAUGCCGACGAGCUGAGUGAAGUGUUGCCCCGCGGAGACGAGGAGUUUAGAUACAUCGACCUGGAGAUGCCAGUCUAUUUCUACAACGAAAAAUAUGAUCGCGUAUACAUCAACACCAACGGUAUUCUGUCCUUCGGCGGGGAGCUGGUUGGAUUCCUCAACCUACCUUUCCCGCUGGGCAACCCAGUAAUAGCGCCGUUCUAUGCCAACAUUGACACCACACUGCCAAACGAUACGGCCACGGUCGUCUACUUUAAAUCUCGCGAUCCGGCGCUUCUCGACCAGACCACGAUGCUGGUGCACGAGACCUUCAGUAGGCACGUGGAUUUCGAGGCACAUCAAGUGUUUGUGGCCACCUGGGAGCAUGUAGGCCACUACAACAUGAAGAACGUCGUGCAGAACUCCUUCCAGGUGGCCAUCAUUCAAGGUGACACCGAUACGUUCGUCCAGUUCCUUUACCCGGACAAUGGCAUUAACUGGAUACAGGGCGAUACUGGGGACAGCGGAUUGCCCGAUGUGCGCGCUCAAGCUGGUUUCACCGGAGAAGACGAUCGUAUCUUUAAUCUACCAGGAUCUGGCACAGAUAAUGUACGGCACUUGACCGUGUCAUCGAACGUAAACCAUCCGGGGGUGUGGCUGUACCGCGUUGGGCCGCUCGAUCCGGAAGGCAACGUUGAACAACCGGACCUAGUAUCGCAGCAGGACUCGCGGGAACCUAGAAGCUGUGCUGAUGGGGGGCGCUUCAAGUGCCACUCGUCAGCAUCCUGUGUAGACAACGUAUCGGGCUAUUGCUGCCAAUGCAAAUCAGGUUUCUACGGCAAUGGGUUCAGUUGUGUGAAGAACGACGUGCCUCUGCGAGUGGCGGGCAAGGUGAUGGGAAACGUUAACGGCGAACUAAUCGACACGCAGCUGCAAUCAUACAUAGUGAUGGCCGACGGUCGGACCUACACCGCCAUCAGUCCGCUCGAGGAGCAGAUUGGAACGGAUCUACAGUUGGCACAGAUACUGGGUGGUACGAUCGCGUGGCUAUUCGCUAAACCCCUCGGUGACACGAUUAACGGAUAUCAGCUGACGGGCGGAAAGUUUAACCACAGCAGCACACUCCAGUUCGAGUCGGGCGAAUUACUUCACGUGACCCAACGGUACAGUGGUCUAAAUGUUUGGGAUCAGCUCGCUCUGGAUGUGGAGCUGUCGGGAAAGUUGCCGUCGGUGCCGGUCCUCGAGAAACUGCAGCACGAAGACUACACCGUCAUGUUCCGUCGGGCGGGUAAAGGACGUCUGCAAACCGUGAGCACCCACAAAUACCGCGUGGCCUCCCAGUCCCGAGACAUCACGGCCACACUCCACCAGGAUAUUGUGUACGAGGAAUGCGCCGGCAGUGAUCAAACGCACGCGGGUAAGGAGGAAGCUACGCUGAAAAUUACGCGCGUCAAUCUGGGCUACGAACCGCGAGAGAAGGCCGUCCGCAUGGGAAUGCUGAGCAAAACGAUCGUUGGCGAUCAGUUUAAUCCGUGCGAUGAGGCCAAUUGUGGCGACAACACCAUUUGCGUCCCGAAGGCGGACGAUACGUACGAUUGCAACUGCAAGAACGGAUUCACCUAUGUACCGUACGGAAACUCCGACCGGGUCAACUGUGUCGACAUUGACGAAUGCUCGAGCAUCAACAUCUGCGACCAAAAUGCUCAGUGCCACAACGAACCAGGUGGUUACAGUUGCCGCUGCAUUCCGGGAUACGAGGGGAACGGCUAUCAGUGCGAUCCCGUCAAUCAAAGCCGGCCAACGCCUUCUUCUUACACCGUUGCGACACCGUCGAGCUCGUAUAGCUACAACGAGGUAGAAAGUGAUCCUAUUCGUGAGCAACCAACAGAAUGCGAGCGGUGUGCCGAGUUUGCGGAUUGUGUGGAAGGUCAGUGCGAAUGCCGUUCCGGCUUCUCGGGCGAUGGUAAUUCGUACUGCCAGUCCAUUUGCGAUCGCGAUAGCGUUUGGAAUGGGGAAGCCUGCGUAAAGGAAACCUACGCCGAGGAGUAUGAAAUAGCUCCUUUCUGUUCCAACAUGGGAUGUACUUGCCCCUCGGGGUAUCAGCUGAUCGAGUAUGCGUUCAACCAAAUCUGUCGCCUGGUAGAUCCGGAGUCAUUGCACGAGGAAGUCCCGGCGGAUGUGGCGUCGUGUGACGUAGAGAACAACUGCAGCCCCCAUGCUAACUGCGAGUGGCGCGAGAAUCUGUACCGCUACGAGUGCAUCUGCAAUCCCGGUUACGAUGGCAAUGGUUACACGUGCGUGGAGAAGGAAGUAUCCUGCCUGGAUGAUCAGGACAUCUGCGACAUUCAUGCGUCCUGUAAUUACAUCCUUAAUCUUAAAAUGUCGAUUUGCGUGUGCAACAAGGGCUACGAAGGUGAUGGCCGCUCUUGCCAACUGGCACCCGAGUGUGCGGUGAGUGAUGACUGCGGCAUGAACUCCGGAUGCCAGGACGGUGUCUGCGUGUGCCAGGAGGGAUACGAGCGCGAUCUGUCUGAUUUCUGCGUACGGGCCGGCUCCUGUGGAGGGGCAUACUGCGCAGAAAACGCAAUCUGCAUUGUCGAUGCUCUGCAGAAGAUUCCGUAUUGCCACUGUCCGCAAGGCUUCAUCGGAGACGGUGUAUCGCAGUGCAAGUCGAUCCCUCCGCCGUGCAAUGUGCGUAAUAACUGUGGCCUACAUGCCUCCUGCUCUCCAAGCUACCGGGAGCCCUCGAAGUACGAGUGUGUCUGUAACUCCGGGUACUUUGGUGAUGGAUUUGUCUGUACUCCCGAGCGUAACUGCGCAAAUAUUCCGAGCCUCUGCGAUUCCAAUGCGCGUUGUGACUCGACCACCAGCGGUUAUCAGUGCAUCUGCAGGGAUGGGUUCAUCGGAAACGGAACCGUUUGCAAUACGGCCCACAGGCUGGUCGAUGGGUUCUUGCUCAUCAGCCAGGGGGUCGCCAACAUUCGUCUUCCACUCAGCGGUAAGGCCGGUUUCCCCGUAACGAUGGCAUUCAUGUCGAUCGGGCUCGAUCGUGAUUGUGCCGAGGGACGCAUUUACUGGAGCGACAUCGCGGCACAGCAGAUUCUCAGCGCAAAGUACGACGGAACAGACCAAAAACCAUUCAUUACCAAGGACAUUGUCUCCCCGGAAGGGGUGGCAGUGGACUGGAUUUCCCGGCGCCUGUACUGGACCGACUCGGCGAAGGAUACGAUCGAGGUGGCGAGUUUGGAAAAUCCAGACCAACGCUCGGUGCUGGUGUCCAAGUAUCUUGUCAACCCGCGGGGCAUCGCGGUAGAUCCACACCAGAGCAAACUGUUCUGGUCGGACUGGAACCGUGAUGGGCCGAAAAUCGAGUGGUCCAAUCUGGACGGAACCGAGCGACAGAUGCUUGUCGGAAGUCCACAGGUCGAGCUUCCGAACAGCAUACAGGUGUCGAUGGCCAGCGGAGAGCUGUGCUAUGCCGAUGCCGGAACGAAAAAGAUUGAGUGUGUCGAUACGUACAGCAAGCAGAUUCGCACCGUGGCCAGCAAUCUUAGCUAUCCGUUCGGUUUAGCCGUUACCGACGAUCUGUUCUACUGGACCGAUUGGUUAACUAAAAAAAUCGAAAGCAUCAACCUGUACGGUGUGCGUCAGAAGAGUAUGAACUCGCCAGUAUUCGGGAAUCAUAAAAUGUACGGAAUGACCGCCGUGACGGACAAGUGUCCACUUUUCCACAGCCCGUGCGUCAUCAACAACGGCGACUGUCCGGAGGACAAGAUCUGUCUCAUCAACCCACGGGCGCCCUCGGGUAGAAGCUGCAAGUGUACCAAUAAUUGUAACGACGUAAUACUAGACUACUGAAAGCGAACGAUAGAAAUCCACACAGAUGGAUUCUUUGAGUGCAGCCUUCGGGGAAAGGUCAAAAGAAGAAUUUUGUGUUGCUGCAGUUUUUGUCUCUUAAAGUAGAUUAGAAAAACCACGAGUGUCGUUGUACG